GCCCCGUUCGCAAGCCGGGAGCGGGAGCCCGAGCCGGAUUUCUACUGCGUGAAGUGGAUUACGUGGAAAGGCGAGCGGACUCCGGUCAUCACACAGAGCGAGAACGGGCCCUGCCCACUCCUGGCCAUCAUGAACAUCCUCUUCUUGCAGUGGAAGGUGAAACUGCCCCCGCAGAAGGAGGUGAUCACGUCAGACGAACUGAUGGCGCAUUUGGGGGACUGCAUCUUAUCCAUCAAACCCCAAGAGCAAUCGGAAGGGCUGCAGCUAAACUUCCAGCAGAACGUCAACGACACCAUGAUGGUACUCCCCAAGCUCUCAACGGGGCUGGAUGUCAACGUGCGCUUCACGGGCGUCUCGGACUUUGAGUACACGCCAGAGUGCAUCGUCUUUGACCUCCUCAAUGUCCCGCUCUACCAUGGCUGGCUGGUGGACCCGCAGAGCCCCGACGUGGUGCAGGCCGUGGGCAAGCUCAGCUACAACCAGCUGGUGGAGAAGAUCAUAACAUGCAAACACUCGAGUGACUCCAACUUGGUGACCGAAGGCCUCAUCGCGGAGCAGUUCCUGGAGUCCACGGCCUCGCAGCUCACCUACCACGGGCUCUGCGAGCUCACGGCCGCCGUGAAGGAAGAGGAGCUGAGCGUCUUCUUCCGCAACAACCACUUCAGCACCAUGAUAAAGCACAAGGGCCACCUGUACCUCCUGGUGACAGACCAGGGCUUCCUGCAGGAGGAGGGUGUGGUGUGGGAGAGCCUGCACACUGUGGACGGCGAUAGCUGCUUCUGCGACACCCAAUUCCGCCUGAGCCCGGUGCUGGGCAAGUCGGCGGCCGCCGUGGCCUCCUCACGGCACACGCACAGCCAAGUGGACCAGGACUACAUGGUGGCCCUGUCCUUGCAGCAAGAGCAGGGCCAGGGCCCGUCGGCGCUCAGCGACCUCGAGCUCGCCCGGCAGCUGCAGCAGGAGGAGUAUCAGCAGCAGCGGCCGGCGCCCGCGCAGGUACCAGCUUCCAGCGCAUUCCCUGCUGUUCCCAGCUCCCGGGAGCAGCUCCUGCUGCUAGGGACCAUGGGGACCAUGGUGCCUUCCCAGCCCUUGCUCUGUCCCCGCAGGGCUGUGCGCUGCCGGGUGCCCGGGCGGCCGCUGAGCGGAGGCAGCGGCCGAAGGCAGACUCGGACUGCGUGCUGCUCUAAGGACAUCGCCGGGGGUGGCACCCCCUCCUCGCCGAGCGGCGUCACCUCCCCAACAGGGUGAACCCCCCUCAACAGGGAGCUGCAAGGCUGGGGGUGCUUGGCAGGGGGAGGUCCUGAGGACUGGAGAGUUCCCUGUGGGACAGCCCCUCUGUGCACUCUUGCCCUGCUCAGGCCUCCAUGGGGACCCCAGCCCUAUGGGGGGCCCUGGGGAUGGUGUGGGGGGGUCACCCUCAGCCACCUCCAGGCUCCCCSGAUCUUUCCAGUGGCCUUAAAGGGGGGUUGCCCCCCGCCUCCUGCUCAGGGUGAGGGGUGUCACCU